AUGUAUUUACCAAGCUGCACCUAUCCGUCAAAGUCUGACUUUGGCACCACCACUUCCUCGUUUUUAACGGAGAACGGCACCGGUUUGAGGGACCACAGGCUGUCGGAGUACCGGAGCUACUGCUGCUAUGAGCCACAACAGCGGUAUCCUCCUCCGGGCAAAUGGACCCUGUACCAGGCGACUUGCCCCGUCGCCUCCCCGCCGCCAACCUGCUUCAGCUUGCCGGGUGAGGCCGUUUAUCAUGAGUACCAGGGGUUGCCAUCCCAGAAGGAAACGAUAUUCAGAAGCAGUAAGGACUGCUUUUUGUAUGGCGGGCCGGUUCACGGCGCAUCUGAUCCCCGUUUUCACGCACAUGCGUUUUCCGGAGACCAGCGGUGUUUCCCCGGCAGACACACGACUUACAACCCGGAUUCACACCCACUCCUCCCGUCAGGCCGGAGUAGAAUCCCACCCCCGGAUUUCGAGCAGUUUUUCGAGCAUAGAGAAAAAGUAGAGGAUCCGAAAGCAGACAUUAUCACUGGGAACCGACACGUGAAAGAGACGAAUCGGACCGAGUGGACGGGCUGUCACAGCGGGGAGAGCAGCGAGGUGAGGGCGGGGUCAGAGUCACCCCUGCCUGGGAAGGAGGACCAGGAGGAUACGCCGUCAUCCGGCGGCAGUGGAGGAGACAGCAGACACGACCAGACAGAGUCUUCUGUGAAGAGGAAGAAGCGCUGUCCUUACUCCAAGCAGCAGAUUAGAGAGUUGGAGAGAGAGUUUCUAUUCAACAUCUACAUCAACAAGGACAGACGGAUGCAGCUGUCCCGCCUUCUGCUUCUUACAGAUCGACAGGUGAAAAUCUGGUUCCAGAACAGAAGAAUGAAGGAGAAGAAACUGAAAAGAGAGAGGCUGCAGUACUACACACAUUACCACCUGUUCUGA